AUGGCGCAACUUACUCUGGCAUCCAAGUAUAAGAUGCUUUCGGGCUAUGAGAUUCCCGUCUUAGGAUUCGGAACUGCUGCCGGUGCUGACCAACACUUCAAAAUCGGCCACGAAAAAAGCGUGGCAGCCAACAUUCACGCGCUCAAAUCCGGAUACAAGCACUUUGACUCAGCGCGCGCCUACGACAGCGAAAAGGCCUGUGGCGAAGCAAUCAGAGCAUCUGGCAUUCCCCGCGAUCAAAUCUUUGUCACCACAAAAGUUCGCAAAGGUGGAUAUAAGGAGACCAAGAAGGCCAUUGAAACGAGUCUUCAAGAGACGGGGCUGGACUACAUCGACUUGUAUCUCAACCACAGUCCCUAUGGUGGCCCGGAAGCGAGAAAGGGAACCUGGAGAGCAUUUGUCGAAGCAAAGAAGGAGGGGAAAAUUCGAUCCAUGGGAGUGUCCAACUAUGGCGUGCAUCAUCUCGAGGAGACGCUUUCGUACAUCAAGGAGCUUGAAGCAGAGCUGGGCGAGGGCAACGCGGGAGAGAUUAGCGUUGGACAGUGGGAGCUGCAUCCCUGGUUGCCGCAUCCGGAUAUCGUUGAAUGGUGUAAGAAGCAUGGAGUUGUGAUUGAGGCGUAUUGUCCCAUUGUCAAGGGGCAGAGAUUCGAUGAGCCGCAGGUGCAGGCUUUGAUGAAGAAGUAUGGGAAGAGCGGAGCACAGAUUCUCCUGCGAUGGAGUUUGCAAAAGGGCUUUGUUCCUCUGCCAAAGAGCGAGACGCCAUCGAGGAUCGAGGCCAACACGGAACUCUACGAUUUUGAACUGACAGAUGAAGACAUGGCAACGCUAGACUUUGACUCGUAUUCACCGACUACGUGGGAUCCCACAGUCAGUCCUCUGGACAAUUAA